AUGUCUGACGGUUAUCGAAUUUUCAACGAAUUAUCCACACCCUCCUGCGCUCGAUCCGCAAAGCCUGUCCGUCUGAGGCUUGCUUGCGACGCUUGUACGACAGCAAAGGUUCGCUGCAGCAGGACUCACCCUUGCGAGCGCUGCGAAGAUAUUGGGCAAGAGAGAAACUGCUCUUACAGCGCAUCACGACGACAUGGUAAGCGGGCGAGACAUCGCAAGAUCACCGAAACGCAAACGCAAAGAGCUUCGUCAUCGAGCAACACAACCGCUUCUUCUUCUACCCUCACCGCAUUCAGCAACGGUCUUGAGGGUAUCUCCAUAUCCGAUCUUGCUUGGGAUUACAAAGCAUCAGAAUACUCCGGGUCGAGCGAUUUUGAAGCUUUGGAUGGGUGGAAAUCCCACAUUGAUGUCCCUAUCAACUUUGAAACGUUGAAUACUAUAUCUUGGGUGGAUCCAUGGACAUCUCUGGGCUUUGGCUUGGAUGCCAGUCCGUCUGGGUCGAGUGGCAUUUUAUCUCCAGGCCCAUUGCGGUCGAUCGAACCCACAGACGAAAUUACAGCCACCAAAAUGCAGGUUUUGAAACAACCACAUGAGUGUGAAGAAGCGGCUUUACGCCUACUACAAUCACUACAAUGUAACGAUCAAACCACCGAGUUUUGCAAGCAAGCACACGAAAGCCUACCAUCACACCUCAUGCCGAGCAUCGAUACAGUCUUAUCCGUCAACAAAGUCGCCCUAACAAACAUCAUUCCUCUCCUCCAGUGCGAUUGUGCACGAAAACCCCAUAUUGCGAUGCUACACGGUGCAAUACUGUCCAAGGUCGUUUUCUGGUACAAAGUCGCUGUCACGGCUCGUUACGAGACAGAAGGCGUUGCGCUGAGACCGAUCAAGAUUCAACUAGGAAUGUUGGACCUUGAUGAUGAAGAUCAAGCGACACUGCAGAGGACUGUUUUGUUGAGAGAAUUGAGCAAAGCAAAAGCUGUCAUGGAGACUUUUGGAUCUUCUUAUAACGCAAAGGGCGAAACGGCAAGUUGGAAUGCCUCCGCGGUGAGGAAUAUGACGGAAGAGUUGCAGGAUAUUAUUUGGAAGAUUAAGAACGGACACGGGGACUUGACGUAG